CGUGCCGCUUCGGUGUACGUCCUCCCGGGAUCCGACCGAGCCAAGCCCGGAAAACAUGAACCGACCAGAAUCCAAGCACUGGAGAAAUUGAAUUCUUCCGCCCCAGACACGGACCAAUCAGCGACCAGCACUGGGGGCUAGAUCCUCAGCUGAAAGUGUGUAUGCCGCCAUUAACCUACCAUGACUCGCAAAUGCACGGGCUUUCAAAGACUCCGCUUCCUGAACCCUGGAUGUUGAUAGACAACUUCACAGCCAUGGAGGACAUUUUUGGGGUACCAUCAAGAUCCCGGUUUCUCAGUGCUCCAGGGUUGCUGUCAAAAGGAGGUGGCUAUCAACAUACAGAUAUAUCUGAUACUGCAAGGCGGACUUUCCCUGACUAUAUACCUUCCCUUGAGAAGGACUGUGACCAAACAAGGGUCAGUGUUGGUGUGAAUACAGAACUGGAUUUGUUGAAAAAGCAUAGAUUAAGCAGUCCAACCACUACACAACAGUCCAAUAAGCUUGAGACUGAUGAAGCUGUCCUUCAAAGGCGACAGAAGCAAAUAGAUUAUGGCAAAAACACUGUUGGUUAUCGACGCUAUCGACAAGAAGUUCCCAAUUUGGCUACCAGGGGUCCUUCUUCUGGUCCUGCUUGCAGAUUGUCUCCUGCAGCAGCCAGGCAGAAACAAGUCAGGAAAUGCUGGUGGGACCUCAGAUCUGAAAGGAUACCAGGAAUUCACCCUCGCAGCCCCAACAAACAUAAGAAGUACAGUCGGCGGUCUUGGGACAUGCAGGUUAAACUCUGGAGGCGUGCGCUUCAUGCAUGGGAUCCUCCGUCAGAGGUUUUAUUUCGGAAAGAGAGUUAUCUACCAACACACAGCUUGUUUAAUUCUUGGAUUGAUGAUACAGAGUCCCUUCGAGGUUUAGAAGCUGAUCUGUUUAACCUACAGAUUUCAGAUGUGAGUAAUAUGGGUUGUCCUCCUGAAGAUUCAUCUCAGAGUUACUACAACUGGUUACAGUGCUGUAACAAUACAGAGCCUUUUACCUAUCCCUGUUGGAUAGGCCAAUAGUAACUGCGGAAAGACUUGGACUGGUUUGCAAACAGAAUCAAGUGAACAAAAUCCUUUGGUUUUUACCACACGUUUCACGUCCUAUAGGAUCCAAGUAUGUGUUGAUACACUUGGUGCACUCCUCGCCCAUACCUACCUAUUCUGAUUUAUACAUGGAUUGUUUAUGUUGUAUCACAUUUCAGUUACUGUUUUUUGUAAUUGUCGUCUUUGGAAUGGUGGCAUGAAAUGCCACCAUUUAUUGCAUCACUGUUUGUAAAUCACCUAUGUAAAUAUUUUCUUCUUGGAAAAUGGUGUAAAUUAUUUUGUAGUUGGACUCUACAACUGUGGUUUAUUAUAGUUGUAUACACAUAGUUGGUGGUGAGGUUAUUGCAGAAGCUAUGUUAGUGUCUGCUUCUUUUAAAUGUUAAACAUACAAUGAUUAUCCAUAUUUAUUUACAAGAAGCUACAGGGUGUGAAAUAUAUAUAAUUUUUAUGGGUUACAUGUGUGCACAACUGCAUCCUAUUUGGAUCUGUACGUUUAGUAAGCUUAAUGAGUGGUGAAUCUGAAGCUCUAUAAAGGACAUUGCCAUUUUGGUUUUGUAGCAGAUAUAUUCCUGAAAAUAAAAGCCAUAGUUCUGUUUCUGUGCUUUAUAACAUCAGUGACAAUUUAGUGCUCCAGACAACAAGGAUGAGCACCUGCAUGUAUAUUGUAUGGAGUACAAGGCAUUGAAAAUGUUGGAGGGAAAUG